UGCCGUGUUAUGAAACGGGAAAAUGAGAGCGGCGAAAGGAGUAACAGACCAGAUAAAAUAGAAAAUAAGUUAAUUUGCGUAUUGAUAAAUCAUAUAUGCAACAAUACCGCCGUUGUAUUACGAUGGUUCGUUAUGACAUAGAAGUUGUACGGUGUUCUCUCUUGUUCUGUUUUUUAUGUUAGCUACAUGGACGUUGAACUAGCUGGCUAGCCACCUCCCUCACGAGCAACGCCGGGGUGUAUUCUUCGUUAGAAGGCUUGGUUCAUCCCCGUACUGCAGUAUGAUACAGUUGCAGAAAGGAGGGCCAGGACUCGGUUAUUGGAUUUGAACGUCUCUGCUGUACGAGAGCAGCGUCAGGUCACACUAUUUGUCAACAAUGUACAUUUCUUUGCAAGCAAUAAUUAGUGCCAUCUUCUAUGCAAGUUAGUCAGUUGCUAAUAUUAUGGUGCAGUACAGAAAUUGAUAACCAGUAAAAUUUCCGUGCCUGUGGUCCAGUGUUGCUGGUGCAUUUCAUUAAGCCAUAAGGAAUCAUAACAGGCAGCAUAGAGCGAGCGAGCACCAUGGAGCGAGCAGGCAGCAUCCAGCUGGACAUCCCUGACUUCAGCAACUCUGUGCUAUCCCACCUGAACCAGCUGCGCAUUCAGGGGCGCCUGUGCGACAUAGUGGUGAAUGUGCAGGGCCAGAGCUUCCGUGCUCACAAGGUGGUGUUGGCUGCUAGCUCCCCUUACUUCCGAGACCAAAUGUCGCUGAGCCAGAUGAGCACCGUCUCCCUGUCAGACAUCCACAACCCCUCCGUGUUCGAGCAACUCCUCUCCUUCUGCUACACUGGGAGGUUGUGCCUACAGCUGGCCGACAUCAUCAGCUACCUGACUGCUGCCAGCUUCCUGCAGAUGCAGCACAUCAUCGACCACUGCAUGCAGAUCCUGGAGGGCAUCCACCUGAAGAGCACCCUGGCAGAUAUGGAGGAGGACCUGGGGGCCGGGGUGGGACAGCAGGGGCACAAAGGCGCAGGGAGCUUGGAGGCCAGAAGAGGUGUUGUGGGAACGUCAGGGGGCUUGCACUUCCUCAGCCCACAACACAGCAGCCCCAGGGUUCUGGGCCCUCGAGGAAGCAACACUGGAGGGGCAAUGGAUAUCCGGGAGGUGGGGAGCCCAGCGGGGGAGUCAAUGAGCCCCCAGAUGGUGGAGCACAGCGGGCUAGGGCCGGAAGGGCUUGCCGAGGGGGUGGGCGGCAGGCUGGUGAUUGAGCCGAUUUUGUGUAUAAAUCGGGCCGGCCAGUGGUACGUGGAGGCCGAGUCCGAGAGGGGGAGCGGCGGCGAGGAAGGGGAGUCUGUACGGGUGGUGGACGGGUUAAGGAUAAAGACUGAGAGGGUGGAGGAGUGGAUCGGGGCCGAUACCCAGGAGGAAGGCAGCGGGGCGGAAGAGGGAGCAGCCAUAAUGAUUGACACAUCUGGGAGGAGCUCUUUGGUCCAGGAGGGUUUUAUCACCGGGGCUAAGAGCUCUCAGCCCUCCAGCAGUUUUAGUGAGACAGAGAGGUUUAGUCCUACUGGCAGUGUGGUGGUGAUGGCCGAGAGACAGAGAGCCAAGAGUGAGUCACCCAGCAGAGCGUUCGACCAGCGCCAUGCCAGCUCCCAGGUAUGUGUCACUUGGUGGGUACUGACCUUUUCUGGGACCUUUUCCUCUUUUUCUGUCCAAAGUCUACCUUACAUUGCUCCCCCCCCCCCAAGUUAAGGUUAUUCAUCGGUACACCAGCCUGUUACAGUGAGGGGAAAAUAUUUUGAGCCCCUGCUGAUUUUGUACGUUUGCCCACUUAUAAAGAAAGGAUCAGUCUAUAAUUUUGAUGGUAGGUUUAUUGGAACAUUGGGAGACAGAAUAACAAAGAGAUCCAGAAAAACGCAUGUCAAAAUUUUUAUAAAUUGAUUUGCAUUUUAAUGAAUGAAAUAAG